UGUAUGGAUACAUAAAGGGUUUUGCUGUAGUAUAGGUUUAAGGAAACUCCUUCAGCGUCUCCUCUCUGAUUUCCUCUCUCCGCGUGAGCUGAGAUGAACGGUACCGCGAGCGUGGAGACGCACGCGCCGUGGAAUGACAGCGGAAUGAGCGCGUACAAGCUGAUGGAGCUGCCGGCGCGUGCCACUACGGUGGCAAUGGUCCGGGAUACUCGACACCCAUUUCCAACUGUGGAUGUUCCAGACCACGCCCAUUACACCAUUGGCUCUGUCAUUCUUGCAGUAGGAAUCACAGGCAUGGUGGGCAACUUCUUGGUCAUGUAUGCCUUCUGCAAGAGUAGGAGUCUGAGGACACCUGCCAACAUGUUUAUCAUUAACCUGGCUGUUACUGACUUUCUGAUGUGUGCCACUCAGACACCAACCUUCUUCACCACCAGUAUGCAUAAGCGAUGGAUCUUUGGGGAAAAAGCCUGUGAAUUAUAUGCAUUCUGCGGUGCUCUGUUUGGUAUCUGCUCAAUGAUCACACUCAUGAUAAUUGCGGUUGAUCGAUACAUUGUGAUUACGCGACCGCUGACUUCCAUCGGCGUUAUGUCACGCAAACGCGCCCUGGUCAUACUCGCUGUUGCAUGGCUGUACUCCAUGGGCUGGAGCCUGCCCCCGUUCUUUGGAUGGAGCGCGUAUGUUCCCGAAGGUCUGCUGACUUCCUGUUCGUGGGACUACAUGACCUUCAGUCCUUCUGUUCGCGCCUACACAAUGCUGCUGUUCAUCUUUGUGUUCUUCAUUCCCCUUUUUGUCAUCAUGUACUGCUACAUCUUCAUCUUCAGGGCCAUUCGUAAUACCAACAGAGCUGUAGGAAAAAUCAAUGGAGAAGGAGGGCCCAAAGACUCCAUCAAGAGGUUCAACCGGAUGAAAAAUGAAUGGAAAAUGGCAAAAAUAGCGUUGAUAGUGAUCCUGCUGUAUGUCAUCUCCUGGUCUCCUUACUCCUGUGUGGCUCUUACAGCUUUUGCUGGCUACGCUGACAUGCUCACACCGUACAUGAACUCUGUACCUGCCGUGAUCGCCAAGGCGUCUGCCAUCCACAACCCUAUAAUCUACGCCAUCACUCACCCAAAAUACAGGUCUGCAAUCGCAAAAUACAUACCGUGUCUGGGAGUACUACUGUGCGUGCCACGUAAAGACCAGUUCAGCAGCAGUAGCUUUAUGUCAACACGACAUUCUACUGUGACCAGCCAUUCAUCCGAGACCAGCAGCAACCUUCACCGUGCUGGAAAAACACGCUUGUCCUCAGUGUCCGACAGUGAGUCGGGCUGGACGGAUACGGAGGUGGACCUCUCCAGCACAAGUUCCCGUCCUGCUAGUCGUCAGGUGUCAUGCGAGAUACGUAAAGACUUGUCGGACAUUAAGCACAGCAGCUCUCUGAGGCUAAAGAUCAAGAGCAGAGACUCGGGGAUCUUCAACAGAACCUCAGCCCAGAGCCUAAUCGAGCCAGGCCUAAACCGGACAUGUGCCUACAUCAGCACGGUGAACGACAGAGAUGAGAUCUCAGAGUCUGAAGUCAGCUUAUCCAGCUGUCUGUUGUCUUCUCCAAGUUUGGUCUCAGAGAAAGCCGAGCAGAACAGACCGUCGUCCCUAAUACCUUCGAUCGUCGUCACAUCUGAAUCCAGUCCCGCUCUUUUCUCGACAGGGCGUAUCGGCUGUUCCUCCAGUCAACAGACAGGUGCUUUGGUGGAGUCAGAAACUAUCACUGUGGAUCCUCCUGGGAUUGACUGAACAUGGGCUAAAUUACUACUGACUUUACUGCCGUAUACUUCAAGACACUUUCUAAACAGAUUUUUGGUUAUCUGACUUUACAAUCCCUUUUCCAUAUUAUUCUUUAUACAGGGCUUUAAAAUAGCACCUGCUAUGUUGUGUUAUUGUUCAAGCAAAGCUUUGCUGAGGUAGAAAUAUAGGUCAUGGGGUGAACAGGGUCUAUAGUUUUACAAGAAAGCAGGGUGAGGACCCCACCUUUCAGUGGUACAGUAGGUUGAACCCACUGAUCUAUAUAAAUGACUGGAUUGCGCAUGACGUCACACUUGUGAAGCCACCGCGCCGCCAUGUUGGUAUACCCAAACGUUCUAUUAAAUCAAUGGACGUUAUCAGAUUUUAAUGAUAAAACAUCACUUUACUCGUCUUCGUUUUUAUAUGUGAAGUUACCCUGUACCAGGGGCGGAGUGGGACCAAAAAAUCUAUCGGGAAAUUUCGUAGACCACCGGCCCUACAUGGUCAAAAAUAAUAAUAAUUUCUAAGGUCUUGUAUUUGUAGUAAAACUAUGGUUAUACAAAUCGUGAUCAAUCUGCCCAUAAAAAAAAUCAUAAAAUCAUGGCUAAUUUUCCUCAAUGAGUAACUAUACAAAAUGAUAGGCCUAUAAUGUGGUAUACUGCAAAGUUACCCUGCAAAUUUUUCUUUAUGAUAGGCUAUAUGUGGAGAUAAAGAAACCUUUGCAAUCCAUUCAUGUCCUGACCACCAGGCUAGAGAUUUUAAACAUCCUUAAUCCACACUUACUACUAGUCUAUAAAAUAGUCUAUCUGCUGGACGGAUCAGACCGCAUAUGUACUGCAAUAAUCAGGCGUUCGGCGGCUUUUUACAUCAAAGGCCGACAGGCUAUGCCAUUUGGGGAGGGGCCGCUCAGCCCAGACGGGGUUGCUAUAUAACUCGCAAUGUAUAACUAUUAUAAGACCGGCCCUCGCGGCCUCAAAACACUACCGGCCCACCGGGAAAAGUCCCGACUCUCCCUAUUGCCACUCCGCCCAUGCCCUGUACAUUAUUACAACACAAACGUCCAAAGCAUGUAAAUAGUUAUUUACUGAAAGUUGUACAUUUUGCGUUUUAAUCAGUUAUUAUACAUUCAUCUUUAUUACAGAUUCAGAUCAGCAGACAGACCGCAGAAUAUUUAGUAUUAAUGACAAUAAACGUGCUCAUUCUGAAAUCUAAAUAAAUAAUGAUACUUUGUACCGUAUGCGCAUGCAAUAAUUUGCUAGUUUUGUAAUUAUGUUGUAAACUUACAAGUUACCUAAACUUAUUUAGAGAUAUAACGCUGACCGUCACAGUGUAGCUGAAUGUCAAAAAAAACUUUAUUUAUACCCGUGUCAUUAACAAAUGCAACAGACACACUCACCUUAACGGUUUUUUAUAAAUCCAUUAUCCUGCCCGAUUAAAACAUAAACAUUGCAAAUAACACCAGAAUUAACAAAUAAUUAACGUACACAUAUCCUAAAAAUUUACCUUGUGUAACUGAUACGCUGUAAAGGGGGUAAAUUUUGAUCAUGAUUUUGAAUGGAAGUCAAUGACGCUCUCUGCCGGUUGGGUAUACCAAGAUGGCAGCUCGAACUCUGCGCUGGCUUCACCUCACGCAGUUACGUCAAGCGUUCUAUGCGCAAUCCUUUAUAUAGAUCAGUGGUUGAACCCCCCUCUCAGGGAUAAAAUAUUCCUAAAGCCUUGAGUAUAGUCUGUUGUUUUACUUGUACGCCAACAUUUGACUCGUAUGACAGCACCAGCCUGUUCUCUUGUAGGCGCAUGCACAAUGUACGUGUACAAAGUACAUGCCAUUUCAAAUAUCCGGUCGUGCACAUAUACAAUACGAUAAUUGCGUCACAUGCACUGUAAACAGACCAUCGUGUACGCGUAAAAGAUGGAGCAUACUUUGGCCUUGCCACCUAGAAGAAUCUGUACAUGUGAGCUUUGACAGUGUCUCCGUUGUGGAGUUUGUCCUGCUCUUAAGAUUAAUUUACAUUAAUUUACAUGAAUGAGCAGUUUCAUGCACAAGAUCAAAAACAACUAUAUGACCUGAAGAUGCACUGAUCUGAGUACUGUAUGAAAUGUUAGUGUAUAGGUAUAAUCUCAACUGUUAAAUGCUCACUAAGUAGAUCUUUUAUGAACUUUAAAGGUGUACGUGUGUAAUUUAAAGAAGUUUUCAAAAUAUUCAACCUUCUCUGCCUGUGGUCGGGCAAACAUACCUCCGAUACCUCCAUCCCAAACUAAUGCCGCUGGUUAAGCCAUUGUUCAGUCCUUCCAGAAAAAUGCAGUGUUUUUUGUGAUUGUUGCGGGAAAAAAUCCUUGAUCUUGUAGCACGUUUCCAUUAAAAAAUGCGAUGGAAUAUGUGGGAUAUUUAUGGAAUGAAAUUGCAGGAACUUGCCAAAAUUGCAGAAACUUGCAAAAACUGCGGGAACUUGCAAAAACAGUUUGCAGCUAUUGCAGCUUUUCAUUGAUGUCCACGUCGUGUAAUUACGUCACUUACGUAUUUAAAAAAAUACGGCCCCUGCAUAAAUAUGCGGACUUUGGCUGAUUAUGCAUUGAAUCAUGCAAUGCAUUUUUCUGGAGGGACUGAUUGUUGCUGUGCUAUGUUGAUUGGGAUGCCAAACAAUGUUAGAUGUGCCGCAAAUCCACUGUUUACAUUUUAUCAGGGGAGUCAACUUAAAAAUUACUUGCAUUAAAUUUUUUCUGCAAUUUCAGCUGAAAUAGGAACAAGUAAGAAGAAAAUAUACCUCACCUUUAAAUUAAAGAAGUGUUGCCACCAAUGUUCUCAUGACAAAUCAAGCAUGUUAAAGGCGGGGUGCAUGAUUCUUAAAAACACUUUAGAGAGUCGGGCCGAGUACCAAAACUCACUUGUAGCCAAUCACCAUUUCGUUGCCUGGUUUGCGUGUUUGUGGGGCGGAUCUAUCAAAAGAAGGUCCAGAUUCUAUUGGGGUAGGGGUGUGUUUGUUUAUGUGAUUUUAAAUAUCAACAUUGUCUUUCAGAGAUCAUGCACCCCGCCUUUAACAUCCAAGACAUUUUCCUGAUGUUACGAAAUGUUGUAAGUGUCUCAUUUUGAUUAUUUUUUUAGCACUAGAUGGUUAACACGCAUAUAAAAAUAUAUAACAUUGAAUAUUGGAAGUGUUAUUGGAAGUAUGUUCAAUAGAUGAUAUUUACUAUAUAAUUCCUUCAAUGUUGUGACGCUCCUCUACACUUUCUUUACUCAAAAGUUGUCACUAGGGUGUUAUCUUUUAAAAAGGUCCUAAUAUAUACCAUUUUGGUACAAAUAUGUUCUUUUGAGUUACCAGUAUGUACAUCUAAGGUACCAGUUUGUACCUUUGAGGUACUAAUAUGCACCUUUUAGGUACAAAAGUGUACUUUUUAAAAAGAUACCGCCCCAGUGAAAACCUUUUACCUUUUUUUGAGAUUGUACUUCUGUUAAUUUUCUUAUUGUAAGUAAUUGCAUGCAUUUUUUAUUAAAAAAGCAUAUUUGGUAUAAAUAUUUGAUUUGAAGGUUCUCAACUGUCUGUACAGGCUACAAUUCGAUUAAAAUGUGAAAAUUGUCCAACUAAAUUUGAAAUGACUGAUCGCAGAGGCCAUGUCUAUACCUUUCAGAUGCAGAUUUGCCUUUCUAGUGGAUUUUGGAGAUGCUUUAGUGGGAUUAAUACACCAGCAUCUCCUAAGGGAUUAGAGGAGAAUGCUUUUAACAAGAUUAGUUUUUGAGGUUGUGCUCAGUGAUAUCUUUCAAAUGACUGGUGUGCACUUAACUUUACAUAAACACUUUCACAAACGUAGUGUAAAUCACAGCUCUUGUCUCUGUUCAGUGAAACUUGUUUAUUAGGUAAAGUUUGUUAAAUGCUGUUGUUCUUCUGAAGGUUGCUUCCAGUUCUAGUUGCUCAGCUAGUAAAGCAGUAAUAUGAGUAAACGCUAGGGUCCUGGGUUUGAUUCAUAGAGAGCAUGAGCUGAUUAAUACAAUGUAUGUAUUAUGCUUUUUUUAAACAUUUUAUUUGUCCAUGCAUUCCCUUGGAAAGAAACCCAUGACUCUGGUGUUGUUAUUUCCAUGCUUCACUAGUUUAAGGAAUUUGCACUUUGCUACUUUGGAAAUAAGUGUGUGAUGAACGCAUAGACAGUAAAUGUAUGUGUAAAUGCUCGACUGGUACAGUAUACUUUCUAAAGUUACCAGGGUGCUCUCUUGAUAUUAUAAAUAGCCUGUUGAUUUUAGUAUCCUAUCACUUACAAUCAGCAAGGGUUAGAUUGUCCAUUUUAAAUCAUAUAUAAUAUUGUAGUUUGGUGC